AUGCUAUUUUUUUAUUUCAAUUUAUCUGUACAGAUGUAUAUCAAACACCUAAACAGGGAUGUUUAUGUAGGAGGAUUACUAAAUAACAUAAAUUCAAUGCCUUUAGUACCAGUCAAUAAAUCAGAGCGUGAAAAUUUCAAGUUAUAUCCAGAUUUGAAUGGGUUAUUACUACUUAAGCCAAAAUAUAGUGAUAAGGUAUGGGAUGUAGGAAAGGCAGAUACACUUACUUACUGGACAAGACAUGGUGAACCAAAUCAGCGCUUUGCAUUUUUAUAUGUAGGAUAUGAUACCUACAUUAUCAAAAACAGGGAAAAAUGUAUGGAAUUCAAGCCUUUCUUACGAAAGUACAUAUUCAGCGAAUGUGACGAUUCAAGCGAUCAAAAAUUCACACUUGUUGCGACAGAAGGUGAAAUCACAUCAGCAAAUGAUCUUAUUACUGAUUUAAAAAGUGCUGAACAAGAACAAAUAGCUAAAUUUUCUGUAUUACAGGAAAAAGCUAUUAAGUACACGAAACAAAAAGCAGUGAAUUUUUUAAAAAAUUUAAUAGUUGGAAACUAA